GGAAUGAAGAGAACAAAAUACUUCAACACCAUGCCGGAGGUGCCCGACCUUUGGCCCAUCCGUAAAGCCCUCACUCUCUCCGACGUCGACAUCACCCACCCCUUCCUCACGCUGCCACGUCAGCAGGUCGAGACCCACAUCGUAAUGCACAUGUCCCCCCAGCAGAAGUCCCACCUCCAAUCCGAGGGCCAGGCCUGCCUCGACGCCCACGACGACGACACGGGCGACUCCUACUCCAUGAAACUCAAGUGGCGCGGGAGCUACUACAACCUCAUCGGCAAAUGGGGAAAGAUUGUCCGCGGCAAGGGCCUCGACGUUGGCCAGGAGAUUCGCCUCCGCUGGUUGAACUCCUGCCUCUACUUCUCCGUCUCCCAGCCCUGCCCUCCUCCUCCUCCUCCUUCUUUUCCCCCACUCGCUCUACCGGCACCACCUGUCCCCGUCCCCGCACCGCCACUGCGGAUGAUCCCAGCCGCCCCACCGCCGCCACUAAUCUACGACCACUGGCCCAUCCGUAAGGUCCUCACCUCGUCCGACGUGGACCCCACCCACCCUUUCCUCCCUCUGCCCCGCAAAUCGGUCGAGGACCACAUACUCGCUCAGUGGGCCCCGCACGAGAGGGAGAGGCUAAGGAAGGAGGAGCACGUGUGCGUAAACGCGCGGGACUACGACACGGGAGACGCGCACGAGAUGAAGCUGAGGUGGCACGGGAACUACUACAACCUCGUCGGUAAGUGGGGGAACAUCGUCCGCCAGAGGGGGCUCGUGGUCGGGCAGGAGAUUCGGCUGAGGUGGAUGAACGGCUGCCUCUACCUCUCGGCGUCGGAUUUGGGCUGCAACGAUUCGGGCGGUGACAGCUGGCCCGUUAGGAAGGCGCUCACGCUGUCUGACGUGGAUAUCAACCACCCGUUCUUGACUCUGCCUGGAAAAGCAGUCGAAGAUCACAUUCUCUUCUACUGGAGCCACCAGGCGAGGGAGCAGCUGAGGAAUGAUAGGCAGGUGGGGUUGAAUGCGCAGGAUGGCGAUACAGGGGAGUUGUAUGUGAUGAAGCUUAAGUGGAGGGGGAGUUAUUAUAACUUGAUCGGUAAAUGGGGUAAGAUAAUUAGGGAGAAGCGGCUGCAGGUGGGGAGAGAGGUCAGAGUACGUUGGGAUAAUGGGUGCUUGAUAUUCUCGGUCGCCCAGUGUGGAAGACUGCAGGAGAGCAGGAUUCUAGGGAGUGGUAAUUUGGUGAUUUUCAACAAACGGAACCUUAAUUCUGGUGCCAAUAAGGGAACUUACUACUUUCGCUGUGGAAUGGCACAUUCUAGAUAUUCCAGGGACUUAGCUUCAAAUGCCACAUUCUAUCUUAAGCCAUUCCAGAUAUUCCAGGGACUUGCUGCUUUCAGGCUUGAAAUGCAACAUUCUAUCUGA